AUGGCCCUGCUGCAAAAUACGGGUAGUGAAAUGGCGCAACCUUCCAUCUUAAACGCCGGUUUUCUAAAACGGUGUUCGUUAACAGCUAAUGCUAAGAAAAUUGAUCUUAUGGAUCAUUUACAUUGCGAUGUUUUCAAUCAAGAAAGGUUUUUGAUAAACGGCGUAGAAAUGCGUUUGCCGAUGGUACGAUCAAGAGACGCUUUCUGCCUUAUGGAUCAAACCGAACGAGGUUUCGAAGUUCAUAUACUCGAUGCUACGCUACUUGUCAGACGUUCAAAGAUUUCACCAGGUAUAUUAUUAGCCCACGCUAAAGCUCUUUCAAAAACUACAGCAAAGUAUCCUCUUACGCGUGUUGAAGUAAAAUCUAUAUCUAUACAUAGCGGUAUAUAUGGUGAAACGCUCGACAAUGUGAUACUUGGUCAGAUACCAAAACGUUUAAUAAUCGGUUUUGUCGAUAAUAGAGUAUUCAACGGAAAUCGCACGCUUAAUCCUUUUAAUUUUCAUCAUUACAAAAUUAAUUAUUUAUCUUUAUACGUUGACGGCACACAAAUACCUAGUAAACCGCUACAACCAGAUUUUACAAAAGAAGGCCUGUAUAUGGAUGCCUAUCACACACUCUGUUCUGGAACGGGUAUACAUUUUCUAAACGAGGAUAAUUCUAUUUCUCGUGAAAAUUAUCCAAAUGGGUACUGUCUUUUUGCAUUUGACCUCACACCGGACCUUUCGGCAAACAACAAUACGCACUGGAAUUUAAUGAAACACGGGAACGUUAGAAUUGAUGUGCGUUUUGAAGAAGCGUUAAGAACUACGGUAAAUUGUAUCAUUUACGCCGAAUAUGAUAAUAUUUUAGAAAUCGAUGCUUCUAGACAUAUAAUUGUAGACUAUGGGGGAUAA